AUGACAACAGGAGCCUCCAGUACAACUCCUAGAUCAUUGAGGGUAGUCACCAUAGUGCAGUGGGUGAAGGGUAUGAGAGAGAUGAGUUGUAUGACUUACCGUGGCGAAGAGGAUGCUGAGGUUGCUGGACACUGGCCGAGGAAAGUGGAAAGAGUUAUAAAUCAGAUGCAGGUGCCAAACGAGCUACGGGUGGAUUGCGUGACACAACUAUUGAUUGAAAGUGCCCACUCAUGGUGGGAGACCAUCAGAGAGAGGAGAUCGUGGGAGGUAUUGAGAUGGAGGGACUUUCGUGAAGAGUUUGAGGAGAGGUACUACUCUUGGGAGCAUAGAAGAGAGAAAGAACAAGAGUUUUUGGAUUUGAGGGUGGAGAGGUUCCGUGAUGGACCGAGGCAGGAGCUGAGAAUGAUACUGAUAGCCAUGCAAUUUCAGUCGGUUCGGGAAUUGAUACGGGCUACUCAGGGUAUGGAGAGGAAAGGGAAGAGUGGACAAUCAUCAGAACAGUUCCAGAGGAGAGGUGGGAGUUUCACCCUAGGAGGUAGCUUAGGAGGAUCUAGACAGGUUAGUAGAAGAGGAUCCCGGGAAGGACAGGCUAAACAUGGAGUCACAAUUGCUAGAGGAUCUACAGAGCAGAAGGGACCAGUGAAGAAGGAUUGUCCCUGUAAAAUUACCGAAGGAGCCCAUGGUCAGAGGACUGAGGUUCAGAGCAAGCAGCAAUCAGUUAUAGUCGAUCGUCCUAUUAGGCCUACCCAAUCAGGGACGAGUGCUACUCGAGGGAGGCCCAGAAUUCAGGAGGGGAGGACUCAGGGUCGGGUAUAUCACUUGACCCACGAGGAUGUGGGAGUUGUACCUAAUGUGGUGGCAGCCCAUGUAAGAGAGCUGGAAAAAGGUAGUAUAGAUUUAGCUAGUAUUCCUGUUGUGAGGGAGUUUCGAGAUGUAUUCCCAGAAGAGUUGCCUAGAUUACCUCCAGUUAGAGAAAUUGAAGUUUCCAUAGAAACUAUUCCAGGAAUUUCUCAUAUAGCUCAGUCUCCUUAUAGGAUGGCACCUAUGGAAUUGGCUGAAUUGAAGAAAAAGGAUGGCACACUUCGUUUGUGCAUCGAUUAUCGUCAAUUGAAUAAAGUGACGAUGAAGAACAAGUACCCACUCCCACGAAUAGAUGAUUUGUUUGAUCAGUUGAAGGGUGCUAAGGUGUUCUCUAAGAUAGAUUUGAGAUCUAUAUACCACCAGUUGAGAAUCAAGGAACAAGACAUACUGAAGACGACAUUCAGAACUCGUUAUGGGCAUUACGAGUUUUUGGUGAUGCAUUUUGGGUUAACCAAUGCUCCGGCCGUAUUUAUGGACUUGAUGAAUCGGAUGUUUUGGCUUUACCUGGACAAAUAUGUGGUGGUAUUUAUUUACAAUAUCUUGGUGUAUUCAAACUCUUACUUGGAGCAUGAACAACAUCUAAGGGUUGUGCUACAGACUUUGAGGGAGAACCGAUUAUAUGCAAAGCUGGAUAAGUGUGAGUUCUGGCUCAAAAAAGUAGUAUUUUUGGGCCAUGUAAUUUCCGCAGAAGGAAUAUUCGUGGAUCAAAUAUCAUGGUAA